CUCCGAAAUGCCUACAGAGGAGCCACCAGGUGCAAGCUGUGUUGACUACUAUUACUUUUGCCUCUGUUUUCAAUUAUGUCUGGGAAGAUGGUUCUGGGGAUCCCUAGAGGCCUUUGGACAGCAGCUGUGAUGGUGAUACUGGUGGUGCUGAGUACCCCAGUGGCUGUGGGCAGAGAGUCUCCAGAGGAUUUCGUGUUCCAGUUUAAGUUUCAAUGCUACUUCACCAACGGGACGGAGCGGGUGCGGCUCCUGGCCAGAUACAUCUAUAACCGGGAGGAGUUCCUGCGCUUCGACAGCGACGUGCGGGAGCACCGGGCGGUGACCGAGCUGGGGCGGCCGGACGCCGAGUACCUGAACGGGCAGAAGGACAUCCUGGAGCAGGAGCGGGCCGCGGUGGACACGGUGUGCAGACACAACUACGAGGUGGAGGCCGCCUUCACCUGGCAGCGCCGAGUGGAGCCUACAGUGACCAUCUCCCCAUCCAGGACAGAGGCUCUAAACCACCACAACCUGCUGGUCUGCUCGGUGACAGACUUCUAUCCAGCCCAGAUCAAAGUUCGGUGGUUCCGGAAUGACCGAGGCAUUGUGUCCACCCCCCUUGUUAGGAACGGGGACUGGACCUUCCAGAUCCUCGUGAUGCUGGAAAUGACUCCCCAGCGUGGAGAUGUCUACACCUGCCACGUGGAGCACCCCAGCCUCCAGAGCCCCAUCACAGUGCAGUGGCGGGCACAGUCUGAAUCUGCCCAGAGCAAGAUGCUGAGCGGAAUCGGGGGCUUCGUGCUGGGGCUGAUCUUCCUCGGGCUGGGCCUUAUAAUCCGUCACAGGAGCCAGAAAGGGCUCCUGCGCUGACUCCUGAGGAUACUUUGGGAUUAGUCUUCCUUCUUCUGUAAUGCCUGCUUAUCCUUGCUUAGAAUUUACACCUACCUGUCAGCCUGUCCCCCUCUGAGAUCAGAGUCCUACAGUGACACUGAAAAAGUCACUAGGUCACCCCUGUGACCCCUGCCCUGAGGAUCUUACUGCGAUGCUGCUUCCUCCACUGACCCUGGAGCCUCUGCCUGUGUGCUGCCAGCGGCAUCUACUCAGAUGCCAAGGGGUUCUUCUGUUUCCGUUCUCUCCCCACAGACUGUUCAAGAGAAGCACAUUGAAACCAUUUACCUGACUAUAGAGAUUUUCUCAUAAUUAAACAUGAUUAUGAAUUA